AUGCCAAAAGGAUUGGUCAACAAUGACAAAUCGAGAAAACAGAUACAAAUACAGAUACAUAGUAUCGGGGUGGUGAAAAAGGGGAGGAGAUUGAGGGGAAACUUCAAUGCAGACAACUUGUCUGAAGCGCACAUUGAACACCCGCAAGGUCCCAUCAGCGCUGCAAAAACGCAGGACCAUGCGGCACCAUUCAGCGCUGAGGAAAUUUGUAUCCGGUGCGACUACUGGACUAGAAUGUUCUAUGCUCAGGAGAGAUCCCGAAUCAUGGCAUCGGGCUAUGUCAAGUGUGUGGAGACAAAUAGCGGAAGUGUUCCGGAUAAUAGGAAACAAAUAGGAAAAUGGGGAGCAGAAAGAGGACAUCAGGACAGCGACUUGGGGGGGGACAAGUGUACAAAUGAGGAUAAGACAAGCGCACUGAAAAUUGGUCAAUAG